AUGUCAUCUGUCAAAGUAGCUGUCCGGGUGCGUCCUUUUAACAACCGCGAAAUUAAUAAUAAUGCUAAAAUAAUUAUUGCAAUGGCUGGAAGUACUACAACAAUAAUCGGUGGAAGCGGUCCGGAACGAACUCAUAGUUUUAACUUUGAUUAUUCCUACUGGUCAUUCAAUAAAGAUGACAGUAAUUUUGCAAGUCAACAACAGGUUUACCAGGAUUUGGGUGUUGAAAUGCUGGACCAUGCAUUCGAGGGAUACAACGUCUGCAUAUUUGCAUAUGGACAAACGGGUAGUGGUAAGAGUUACACAAUGAUGGGUAAACCGAAUGACGAGGCUGAAAUGGGUAUUAUUCCUCGACUGUGUAAUCAUUUAUUUCAAAAAAUUCAUAGUAAUUCGGAUCUGAACUUGAAAUAUUCGGUUGAGGUAUCAUAUAUGGAGAUCUACUGUGAAAGAGUUCGAGAUUUAUUGAAUCCAUCAAAUGGAGGAAAUCUUCGUGUACGAGAACAUCCUCUCCUUGGACCUUAUGUUGACGAUCUUACGAAAUUAGCAGUAUGCUCCUAUCAAGAUAUUUGUGAUUUAAUGGAUGAAGGAAACAAAGCCAGAACUGUAGCUGCAACAAAUAUGAAUUCGACGUCGAGUCGUUCACAUGCUGUCUUCACAAUUGUUCUGACCCAGAAGAAGCAUGAUCCGGACGCAGAUCUGGAUUGCGAAAAGGUCAGCAAGAUUUCAUUAGUUGACUUGGCUGGAAGUGAAAGAGCCACGUCAACUGGUGCUGAGGGGCAGCGUUUAAAAGAGGGUGCCAAUAUCAACAAAAGUUUAACGACCCUUGGGCUUGUCAUCUCGAAAUUGGCUGAAGAAGCAAGUAAAAAGAAAGGUAGGGCUAAAUCAGUGAUACCAUACCGCGACUCGGUACUCACUUGGCUUUUGCGAGAGAAUCUCGGGGGAAAUUCGAAAACUGCGAUGAUUGCUGCGUUGUCACCUGCCGAUAUUAACUUCGACGAAACGCUGAGUACACUGAGGUAUGCGGAUCGGGCCAAGCAAAUUGUAUGUCAAGCAAAAGUGAAUGAAGAUCCGAAUGCGAAACUGAUUCGGGAAUUGAAGGAGGAGGUAUUGAAACUUCGCAGUUUGCUUGAAUUAAAAGGUAUCGAUAGUGAUGAUCCACAGAAUGAAAAAGCAAUCUAUUCCGCCAGAGAUCAUGAUACCAUUGAACAACUGAAAGCAUCCGAAAAACUUAUCGCUGAACUUAAUGAAACCUGGGAGGAAAAACUACGCAAAACUGAUGAAAUUCGCAAACAGCGUGAAGAUGAACUACGUGAAAUGGGUUUAGCUACCGGAGCAGAUGGUACCACUCUCGGAGUCUUCUCACCAAAAAAGUUCCCUCAUUUGGUAAAUUUGAAUGAAGAUCCACUGAUGUCAGAAUGUUUACUCUAUUAUUUGAAAGAAGGAAUAACAAGAGUUGGACGGCCGGAAGCAUCCCGUCGUCCGGAUAUUCUUCUUAGCGGUCAGCUUAUUCUCGACGAGCACUGUCGUUUCUUGAAUGAAGAUGGAGUAGUACACUUGAUUCCAGAGCCCGGUGCUCAAUGUUUUGUAAAUGGCAAACCAGUUGUCUCCUCGGAAGUAUUACACACAGGCUCACGUGUGAUUCUAGGCAAAUAUCACGUGUUUAGAUAUAAUGAUCCAAUCGAAGCCCGUCAAAGUCGACAAAAUUUAACAAAUUUGGCGCCUAGUGAAACAUUAGAUUGGAAAUAUGCUCAACAAGAACUGUUAGAGAAACAAGGCAUCGAUCUGAAAGCCGAAAUGGAGAAAAAAAUGCUCGAAAUGGAAUCACAAUACCGCCGGGAACGUGAAGAACUUGAAGUGAAAAUGAUGCGACAAACGAAGGAGUACGAAAUGCGUAUCGAGACAUUGCAACGACAAGUUGAUUUGGCACAAAGCAUGAUUUCAUCUACGUGUUCCACGUGGGAUGGCGAACGCUUUCUUACAAGCAGCUUACUCAAUUUCGUGGCUGAGCCAGAGUGUAAAUGGACCCCAGAAGAGGAACGAAUUGCUCGUUGCACAGCAACGAAAUGGCGCUAUCAUCAGUUUACUUCAGUUCGGGACGAUCUGUGGGGAAAUGCAAUUUUCCUGAAGGAGGCAAACGCUAUUUCUGUUGAAUUACGAAAGAAGGUACAAUUCCAAUUUGUUUUAUUGACGGACACAAUGUAUAGUCCAUUACCGCCGGAUCUACUUUUACCUGGUGAAGAUUUGUCCUUGCGCCCGUAUCCAAAAACAGUUGUUGCGGUGCAGGUGCAAGACUUAAAGAAUGGUGCAAUGCAUUACUGGAGUAUCGAAAAACUAAAAAUGAGAUUGGAAGGUAUGCGUCGCUCCUACAAUGCCGAUAUAAGUGAUGCGUGUACUCCGGAUAGUCCCGAAGAGGAACAGCAUCAAUGUUGGCUUAGUGCUAUGCAAUUCAAUCCUGCGAGACUUAUACCUGACAGGCAACGUUUGGAGUCGAUGCGUGAAAUGUAUCAUAUGGAAGAGGGAUAUAGCUCUGAAAGUCCAGAAGAUCCAAUGAUCGAUGCAUUAAUGGGUACAGAUCCGUUUUAUGACCGUUUCCCAUGGUUUCGAAUGAUCGGAAGGGCUUUCGUUUAUUUAAAUAAUCUAGUGCAUAAUGUGCCUCUGGUGCAUAAAGUUGUGAUUGUCAAUGAAAGAGCCGAAGUCAAAGGUCAUCUUCGGGUUGCUAUAGAGCCUGUUCUGGAUGAUGAGAUGAAACCAUUGAAAGGUGUUAACCAGUCGGUAAAGUGUCACUUCCGUAAGGAAGACUUCACAAAGAGAGUUCAACCAACGAACACCACAUUAGAAUCAACGAAUGAGCGUUUCGUAGAAGGUAUUAAUACAAAAGAUGAUGAAAUGCAACAAAGCAUCGAAAAAAUGGACGAAGAAACUGUGCAUUAUCCAAAACACAUGCAACCUAAUAGAGAAUACUGUUUCCGUAUUACUAUUAUUGAAGCAUCUGAUAUUUCCGAACAAUAUAGUGACGUGUUUUGCCAAUUCAAUUUCUUGCAUCGUCAUGAUGAAGCAUUCUCAACCGAACCAAUGAAAAAUACGACGAAAACUUCCUUAACGUUUGGUCAUGUUCAAAAUAUUCGAGUGGUCAUGUCGCCAACAUUUUUAUAUUAUGUCAAUCAUUUCCCUAUCAUAUUCGAAAUUUUUGGUCAUUACAAGCCAUCUCUGCAGCAGUUUGCUUAUGAACGUCAGAAUAGUUCCCUCGGGCGAAGAUUAUCAACAAAAUUAUCGUUCCAGCAACCAUCAUUAUUAAUCGCAACACCUGUUAGAAGCAAAAAAGCCACCAUCAUUCCAAACAAUCUGAGUCAAGUACGAUCGAAAUAUGAUCUACUUGUGUGGUUCGAAAUUUGUGAGCUUGGAAGCAAUGGUGAAUAUGUUCCAGCAACUGUAGACCAUGCCCAGGGUCUACUAACCCAUGGCAUAUUUUUGCUCCAUCAAGGGAUUCAACGACGGUUGAAAAUUACAAUAUGCCAUGAAAAAGGCGAUGAUGUAAAAUGGAAGGACUGUCAAGAAUUAGUAGUCGGUCGGAUACGAUCAACACCAGAAUGGAGUGGUGAAGAUGUCGACGUACUAUCUUUGGGACUAUUUCCAGGAACGUUCUUAGAAUUCUCGAUGGAUGACAGGGUGUUCUUCCAGUUUGAAGCAGCUUGGGACAGUUCACUGCAUAAUUCUCCUCUUCUUAAUAAAGUAUCAAACUAUGGUGAGCAAGUGUAUAUGACGUUAUCCGCCUACAUGGAACUAGAGAAUUGCACCCAACCAGCAGUGAUUACAAAGGAUCUUUGCAUGAUGAUUUAUGCCAGAGACUCGAAAAUCUCAGCCGCCAGCAGGUUUUGUCGAUCGUUGAUUGGUGGAAUAAGCAAAAGUCCAGAAAUGAAUCGUGUACCUGGCGUUUACGAACUUACUGUCAAGGAAGCUCUCGACAAAGGUAGUCCAGGUGCUGCACGGAGGCAACGUCGCGUACUGGAUACUUCGUCUGCGUACGUUCGAGGCGAAGAGAAUCUUGGCUUAUGGCGUCCACGUGGCGAUUCACUUAUAUUCGAACAUCAAUGGGAGUUGGAAAGAUUGACACGAUUGCAACAGGUAGAACGUGUUAGACUAUUUCUUCGUCUUCGAAACAAAUUAAAGUCAGGAAAGAAGAUGGGAGAAGAAAACGAUAUUAAAACACCACUUUCCCCAACAAUACCAAAAUAUCCCAUUCCGACAACAUGCAAAUUAACAGAGAAAGAGGCAGGUCUGGCGCAGAAAGUACUUCGUCUAAUCAAACAGAGAAUACCAAUAAAUAAAGAACCACCUACUGGAAAGGCAAUGGAUCAGAGUGACCAAACAUUAUCUUCAUUAGGAGACAGUAUCACAAGUCCUACUUCCGAUAGGAAUUUACUGGUUAAUUCUUCGCUAUCACUUGAAUUUUUGAAUAAAUUAAAGUCGAAAUCAAACCAAAAUCUGGUACUUAGUUCCAAUGAGACCGAUGAAGGCGUGCAGCGUUCAAUGAGUGGAAGUCGAAUCUCACAAAUGUCUCUAUUAGUUCCUGAGGUGACAGAAGAGCGUGUGGGAAUCGUUGUUUCCAAGAAAGGUUACAUGAAUUUCUUAGAAGAAAAGACGCAAGGCUGGGUAAAGCGAUGGGUGGUUGUGAGGAGGCCAUAUAUUCUAUUAUUUCGUGAUGACAGAGAUUUGGUAAUUCGUGGUAUAAUAAAUCUAGCAAAUGCACGAGUGGAAUAUUCGGAAGAUCAGCAAGCGAUGCUUAAGGUACCGAAUACCUUUUCAGUGUGCACAAAUCAUCGCGGUUUCUUGAUGCAGACGGUAGAUAAUCAAAUGUAUGAUUGGCUCUAUGCUAUCAAUCCGUUACUAGCAGGCCAGUUGCGAUCCAAGAAAGGAUCGGUGGGUAUCCCUCUAUGA